GAGCAGCCAACAGACCAGACGCACCGAGCAGCAUGAGCGGUGGCCACCAGGAGAAGCACUACUUCACGGAGGAGUACCCGGACCAUGACUACCAGUGCACGACCGAGUCGGCGCACCCGCAGACGCCGCUGUGGCCAGCCUACCUGCCGGCGAACCAAGACCGUGUCGUCGUCUUCGAGCGCAGCAAGAACGCGCAGCUCGUGGUGUACUCGGCCAACUUCCGCGACAAGAAGCGGCUCGAGCUGGACCCCAAGUGGCCGCUGGACAUCAACUGGCAGAGCUUCGGCUGGACGGCUCACCCCACGAGCAACCCCACUGGCAUGAUUGAGCGCCGGUUGGCAUGGGGCUACUCGCACAAGGCCGUGGAGCCCGAGGGCCCCGUCGCAGUUGAGGCGGUCGGAACCAGCUACAGCGUGACGCUCAACGCGCUGCCCAGCCGCCCCGCCUUGCUCUACAUCGAUGCCAAAGGCCGAGUCAUCCUGCAGACCACGAUCAACGGCGUGCAGUCGCGACUCUGGAAGAUCUACGUAAAGACCAACAACACGCUCGCCUUCAUCCCCAAGGUGCUGUACGUUGACCUUUACGGCACGAACGUCGACGACGACCACGCCACCUACGAGCGCAUCACUAUCUCGUCCUAACUUAGCGGCCAAACGGAUCCACGGUUCGCCCGAAUAGAAAUACACAUUCCUUACUGCUC